GAAAUGGAGGGUGGAGAUAUUUUUGGAGGAGGUAUGAGCACACGGUUCAGCAGUUCAAAUGUGUGGAGGAACACAGGGAUGGAAGUGUUUUCAAGGUCAUCUAUGGAGGACAAUGACGAAGAGGCGCUGAAGUGGGCAGCACUGGAGAAACUCCCGACCAAUCUUCGCAUUACAAGAGGUAUACUCACCGGCGAAGAGGGGAAGCCGCGGGAGGUGGAUAUAAGGAGCCUUGGAUUGGUGGAAAGGAGGAAUCUUGUGGAGAGGCUGAUGAAGAUUGCUGAGGAAGGCAAUGAGAGGUUCCUCCUAAAGCUCAAGGAACGAAUUCAGAGAGUCGGACUUGAUCUUCCUAAGAUCGAGGUGAGGUUCGAGCACUUGAACAUCGAUGCAGAAGCUUACGUUGGCGGAAGAGCUCUGCCAACUGUGUUCAAUUUCAUAGUGAACAUCCUUGAGGGAUUUCUGAGUUACCUUCGAAUUCUUCCAAGUCGGAAGAAGCCGUUUCCAAUCCUUCAUGAUCUCAGUGGAAUCAUCAAGCCUGGCAGAAUGACGCUGCUUUUGGGGCCACCGAGCUCUGGAAAGACAACGUUGCUGUUAGCCUUGGCCGGAAAACUCGAUCCAGAGUUAAAGGUUUCAGGGAGAGUAACUUACAACGGCCACGAGAUGCACGAGUUUGUACCCCAGAGGACGUCAGCUUACAUAAGUCAGCAUGACCUGCACAUAGGUGAGAUGACUGUAAGAGAAACACUGGCCUUUUCAGCAAGAUGUCAAGGAGUCGGGGCACGAUAUGAAAUGCUGGCUGAACUUUCGAGGAGAGAAAAGGAAGCAAACAUUAAGCCUGACCCCGAUAUUGAUAUGUUCAUGAAGGCAUCAUCAAUCGAAGGUCAGGAAGAAAGCGUUGUAACAGAUUAUAUACUCAAGAUCUUGGGGCUUGAGGUAUGUGCGGAUACUUUGGUUGGUGAUGAAAUGGUUCGCGGGAUUUCUGGUGGUCAGAAGAAGAGACUUACAACAGGGGAAAUGAUGGUUGGACCUGCUAGAGCAUUGUUUAUGGAUGAAAUAUCAACUGGUUUGGACAGCUCGACAACUUUUCAGAUAGUAAAUUCGAUAAGGCAAUCCAUCCACAUUCUACAAGGAACAGCAAUUAUCUCCCUCCUGCAGCCUGCACCAGAAACAUAUGACUUAUUUGAUGAUAUAGUCCUUUUGUCUGAUGGUCAGAUAGUCUACCAAGGGCCCCGUGAAAAUGUGCUGGAGUUCUUCGAGCACAUGGGAUUCAGAUGUCCUGAGAGGAAAGGUGUAGCAGACUUUCUGCAAGAGGUAACAUCAAAGAAGGAUCAAGAACAAUAUUGGAUGCACAGAGAUGAACCUUACAGCUAUGUUUCCGUCAAUGAAUUCUCAGAAGCAUUUUUAUCUUUCCAUGUUGGACGCAAGCUUGGAGAUGAGCUUGCUGCUCCUUUCGACAAGAAAAAGAGUCACCCUGAUGCCCUGACAACAGACAAAUAUGGUGUUAGCAAAAAAGAACUCCUUAAAGCCUGCGUAGCUAGAGAAUUCCUGCUGAUGAAGAGGAACUCGUUCGUUUACGUAUUCAAGAUGAUGCAACUAAUCCUAAUGGCUAGCCUAUCCAUGACGGUAUUUCUAAGGACAGAAAUGCAUAAGAGAACUGAAGCAGACGGUGGGAUUUACAUGGGUGCUCUAUUUUUUGCCCUUCUAAUAGUUAUGUUCAACGGCUUCUCGGAGCUUGCUCUCAGUAUUUUGAAGCUUCCAGUCUUUUACAAGCAACGGGACCUUCUUUUCUUCCCUCCAUGGGCGUAUUCAUUGCCUUCAUGGGUCCUUAAGAUUCCUGUUACACUAGCGGAAGUCAUUGUUUGGUUGGUGUUAACUUAUUAUACCACGGGAUAUGAUUCAGAUCCCGAAAGGUUUUUCAGGCAACUCCUCCUGUUCAUAUGUAUCCACCAAAUGUCAUCCGGGCUGUUUCGUCUAGUGGCAGCUCUAGGAAGAAACGUCAUAGUUGCAAACACAUUUGGAUCAUGUGCAAUGCUCACUAUAUUUGUCUUGGGUGGAUUCAUUUUAUCACGAGAUGAUGUCAAAGCAUGGUGGAUUUGGGGAUAUUGGUUCUCACCUUUGAUGUAUGCACAGAACGCCAUUGCAGUAAAUGAGUUUCUUGGAAAGAGUUGGAACUUUGUUCCACCUGGCUCAACAGAAACAUUAGGUAAGUCAGUUUUAAAAGCUCGAGGGAUCUUCCCAGAAGCACGAUGGUAUUGGAUAGGAGUAGGGGCACUCAUCGGAUAUACGUUCCUAUUCAAUUACCUAGUGACCCUGGCUUUAACUUAUCUCAACCCGUUUGGGAAGCCUCAAACUAUUCUAUCAAAAGAAGCUAUAGCAGAGCGACUUUCCAGCAAAAGAGAAGCUAUUGAAAUGUCAUCAAGAGGAGGGAUUUCUAGAAGAGAAAGCAAUUCUCACAGGAGCUUAUCGUCAAGAACUAUGUCAUCUACUGCUAAUCCAAAUAAGAAAAGAGGAAUGAUACUACCCUUUGAGCCUCUUUCGAUCACAUUUGAUGAAAUCCAUUAUUCAGUUGACAUGCCACAGGAAAUGAAAGCUCAAGGGGUUCAAGAGGAUCGUCUAGAGCUUUUGAAAGGUGUAACGGGUGCUUUCAGGCCAGGAGUUCUGACAGCACUGAUGGGAAUAAGCGGGGCUGGAAAGACUACUCUAAUGGACGUAUUGGCAGGUAGAAAAACAGGUGGAUAUAUUGAUGGGACAAUAACAAUAUCAGGAUACCCAAAGAAGCAAGAAACAUUUGCACGCAUAGCAGGAUACUGUGAGCAAACAGAUAUCCACUCACCUCAUGUCACGGUUUUUGAAUCCGUAAAGUUUUCUGCAUGGCUUCGCUUGCCUCCUGAAGUUGACACUGCUACUCGGAAGAUGUUCAUUGAAGAGGUCAUGGAUCUUGUCGAGCUAACACCAUUGAGAGACGCACUUGUGGGCUUGCCUGGUGUGAAUGGUCUUUCAACUGAGCAGCGAAAGCGAUUGACCAUUGCAGUUGAGCUUGUGGCCAAUCCUUCUAUUAUAUUCAUGGAUGAGCCAACAUCUGGGCUGGAUGCUAGAGCUGCUGCAAUUGUAAUGAGAACAGUGAGGAACACAGUUGAUACAGGUCGAACUGUGGUCUGCACCAUACAUCAACCCAGCAUCGAUAUCUUUGAUGCCUUUGAUGAGCUGCUGCUGCUAAAACGAGGAGGGGAAGAAAUAUAUGUUGGUCCUUUAGGUCGACAUUCUUUUCAGCUCAUUAAAUACUUUGAGGGAAUAGAUGGAGUCGAGAAAAUUAAAGAUGGAUAUAAUCCAGCCACAUGGAUGCUGGAAAUAACUUCAACAGCACAAGAAGCAGCUCUAGGUAUUGAUUUUGCUCAGCUGUACAGAAACUCGGAACUUUACAGGAGAAACAAGGCCCUGAUCAAGGAGCUGAGCGUACCUGCUCCAGGUACAAAAGAUCUAUACUUCUCAACUCCCUAUUCCCAAUCCUUCUGGACACAGUGCAUGGCAUGCCUAUGGAAACAGACUUGGUCAUACUGGAGAAACCCUCCAUACACAGCUGUCAGGCUGCUAUUUACAGUGUUCAUAGCUGUGAUGUUUGGAACUAUAUUUUGGGAUCUUGGCUCCAAAAGGAAAAGGAAGCAAGAUAUUUUCAAUGCAAUGGGCUCCAUGUAUGCUGCGGUUCUAUUUCUUGGUGUACAAAAUGCAACAUCUGUCCAACCAGUUGUCGCCAUUGAGAGAACAGUGUUUUACAGAGAAAGAGCGGCAGGGAUGUAUUCAGCAUUGCCUUACGCCUUCGGACAGGCCCUGGUAGAAAUACCAAACCUUCUAGUUCAGACACUAACAUACGGCAUCAUAGUGUACGCAAUGGUUGGUUUCGAAUGGACUGCCGCAAAGUUCUUUUGGUACCUGUUUUUCAUGUACUUCACCUUGCUCUACUUCACUCUGUACGGAAUGAUGACUGUGGCUGUAACACCCAACCACAACAUAGCCGCCAUCAUCUCAUCUGCAUUCUAUUCGAUAUGGAACCUCUUCUCCGGAUUCAUCAUCCCUAAACCGAGAAUCCCAGUGUGGUGGAGAUGGUACUAUUACGUCUGUCCCAUUGCUUGGACAUUGUAUGGAUUGGUUGCCUCACAGUUUGGAGACAUACAAACUCAAUUUGAAGAAGACGAUGAAACAGUGGGAGAAUUUGUAAGACAGUACUUUGGGUUCAGGCAUGACUUUGUGGGAUAUGUGGCAGUAAUCCAUGUCGGGAUAUCUGUGCUGUUUGCCUUCACUUUUGGAUUCUCUAUCAGGACGUUUAACUUCCAGAAAAGAUAAGAGCCCUGCACACACUUAACAAACAGAGUAUUGUAUACUGUAUAAUAUAUUGUUAGUAAGACCUUCAAGUACUAUUGUCCUCUGUAAGCCUGUUCCAGAUAGAAAAACAGAAUUUGAGGCCAUUCUUGGCACUCAU